ACGUAAUCAAAGCAAGCUUCGACACGCGCUUCACAAAAACUUCCCCGAGAUUACCCGACACAGGUAUCGAAGCUUCGACACACAGGACACAUCACUACACACUUCAUCGAAGCAGUUAAAAGCUAUAUCUGCUGCCAUACAAGAGAAGCAUCAUGGUUCAAGCCAAGUUCUGGGUAAUGACUCAGCACUUUGACGGCUUCCCAAAAAACAGUGACUUUGAGCUGAAGGUGGAGGAGCUCCCUGAGCCCACAGAUGGAGAGGUGCUUCUGGAAGCUGUGUUUCUCAGUGUCGACCCGUACAUGAGGCCGUUCAGCAGAGUUGCCAUGAAGGAAGGAGAUGUGAUGAUUGGAACUCAGGUGGCCAAAGUGAUCCAGAGUAAAAAUCCAGCGUUUCCUGUGGGAAGCCACGUUGUGAGUGACAGUGGGUGGAGAACCCACACAAUCAGUGAUGGGACCGGCCUCACUCCCAUCCUGCCUGAGUGGCCUAAAGAUGUGUCCCUGUCUCUGGCUCUGGGUGCCAUCGGGAUGCCCGGACUGACGGCUGUUUAUGGGAUAGAAGACGUGUUGGGUCUAAAGGAGGGUGAGACCCUGCUGGUGAACGCUGCAGCUGGAGCGGUGGGCUCCGUGGUGGGACAGAUCGCCAAGAUCAAGGGCUGUAAGGUGGUGGGCUCAGCAGGCUCUGAUGCCAAAGUGGUUUUUCUCAAAGAGCUGGGAUUUGAUGAGGCCUUCAACUACAAAACUGUGGGUUCCCUGGAGGAGGCUCUGAGGAAGGCUUCACCUGAAGGAUACGAUUGCUUGUUUGAAAAUGUGGGAGGUUCUUUUGCAACUGUUGCCCUGGAGCAGAUGAAGAACUGUGGAAGAAUAGCUGUGUGUGGAAGUAUCUCCACCUACAAUGACAGUACACCGCAGACAGGUCCGUAUCCCUACUUCACUAUGAUCAUAAAGGAGCUGAAGAUGGAGGGAUUUAUGCAAAGCAGCAGGCAGCACAAGCACCCUGAGACCCUCAAGAGACUGUUAGCAUGGGUGAAAGAGGGCAAACUGCAGUGUCGGGAGCACGUCACAAAAGGCUUUGAAAACAUGCCGGCUGCUUUUAUGGGGAUGAUGCGGGGAGAAAACAUGGGCAAGGCCGUCGUCGCAGUCUGAAGAGUUCAAUGCAAGAGAGCCAGCAUUACUAAUAACUGCCAUUAUUACACAAUCUAUCAAUUAAUGAAGAAUCGAGCAAUCACCAUAACAGAAUAAUUUCACAUUAACAUUUCACUUGUUUUUCUUGUUUUGUUUUGUUUUUUUAGUGUAUUGGUACUCAUCGAAACAGCAGUCGAGCGACUCUUGUACACUUUAGUCAUUCAAAGAAAUGUGAUUUCUAGUCAGAAAUCAGUCGUUCAUAACGAAUUGUUAGUUAAAUCUGAAAUAUUACAUUGAAAUUGUGAUUGUAGUUUACAUUUAGACUGAAACCUGAAUGAAAUUUUACUCAAGAAAAAAGGAAAUUGGUCAAAGGACAUCAUUCUGUUACGAUCAGUGCAGAUGUCUGGCUGCUACGUGUACACAUUAUUUACUGCAGAAUGAUUAACCGCAUGCUUUGUGUUUACUGGACCUUUCUGUGUAUAAAGUUGUUGUUUUUUUGUUU